UCUUUCUCUUUCGCCCCUUUUCUGUUUUGUCCAUCAAAACGAACAACGAACGUUCUUGAACGUCCUUGCAUCAUCUUCAAUCUGCGCUCAACCUUGUGGUGCAGCAGACUGCGGUGCGGUUCGUCAUUCUUCGACUUCAUCAUUCUUGGCGGUUGUUGAAAAAUGGACUUGGAUAACCCUCAGCUCCGUCUCUUUUUAGUGCCACUGCGUGUGCGUGUGCGAGUGCCGGACGAAUUCCUAGCACUCGUCGUUGGCUCCCCCAGCACCAAAGAGCUUGUUGAGGCAGCCGUGGCUGCGGAGUCAAAGCUCCUGAAAUUAGCUCCGCUGCAAAAACUAGCCCUGGAAAAGGUUGUCUCUUACAUCAAGAUGUCCAAACUGUCCCCAAGGUCGCUGAUACCAUUGCCUGCUACCCUCAAAACCAAGAUUCUUUAUGAGAUAAUGCUCUUAUGGAUUGAGAGAGAAGGGAAAUUCCAGCGUCGGAUUUCGCACAAACUAGUUUUACCUGGGGAGGAUUUGAUGGCAACCAACUAUGGACAGGCUGGAGGAAGUCAAAUUUUGAAGGUUCCUAUGUCAGAGGUUCUGAAAAAUCUCAUCAAUCCAGAACUGCGAGAGUUUGAUUUCAAGCUGUGUGGUGGCACCUGUAAAAAGUUGACAGACAGAGGCAUUGAUCUUCAGGUGUGGCCGUUGCUUUCGAGUUCACCUGGGAAACUGGAAAGCUUGAGAGAUAGGCGCAGCAUUGUCGGCCAACUUCUGCCAGCAAAGCGCAUCAUUGAGCACCUGAUCAAGUGCAAGAAUCUAAGAAAUCUGGACCUGGCCACUGUUGAGUUCAAUGAUGAGGAUAUCAGGUUGCUGACCAUAAACUGUCUGAACCUGAGAUCGCUGACCCUGAGGGAGUCGCUAGCCCUGACUGAGGUGGGUCUUGAGCUGCUCAGCACUCUUCCAAAUCUAGAGCGAAUGUUCUUUGGAAGCACCCCCGGAAUCAAGCUCAAAGAAACUAGUGCAAAUAUGCAGAAGGCCUUUGAGAAACUGCCUCGUCUCAAGUUCCUCACAGAUUUGGAGGGUUAUGACUACCCUAGCUGCAGGGUCAUUAAACAGAGAGAGGGCCCAGCCAUCAAAAUUGAGUCCUUGCUGCCUCCUUCCAGCCUUGAGAAAAUCUAUUCUUUUGGAGGACCAGUUGAAAAGUUGCCUAUGUUGCUUCCCAACCUGAAAGAAUUCUGUGUCAAUUUCCACUACACCAAUGAGACAAAGGUCAAUCCAAAUAUUCUUGCCCAGCUGCCUCUUUUGCACAAGAUCCAGUUUUCGGGCAUCUAUGACGAGCAGCGUCUUGCAGUCAAAACAUUCACUUACUUGGGCUCCCGGCUGACUGAGCUGACCCUUAGAGCCUACAUUGAUGUGGAUCUGAACCAAAUUGUGAAUGUUUGCCCUAACCUGGAGAAGCUGGUCGUUGUGGGGAUGUUUGUGACUCGAGCUCAAGAGCAAAAAUGCACCAUCCCUGCAAGAGACCUCAAGCUGAAGGAUCUUGUCAUUGAAGGAGAAGGAUCACAGAUGCUCUUCUGGCACCUUUUACUAGCACCAAACCUUCGUACAGUUGGCAUUUUGAAUCUUUCCAUUGGAAAUCUGACGCCACUCCUGAAGGCCAUCAGGUCGUCAGAGCCCAUCUUGCAAGAGCUCGUCUCUUUUGCUUCGGACUUGCAGUUUCAACAUGAACAGACCCUUGUCAAGCACAACACACUGAUGACCACCAUUGUCAAGGGAUGCCCCAAGCUGGAAAAUUUCUCAUGCCACAUCCGUUACUCCACAGGCAUGUCAAUGGGCAUUGCUGUAGCAGAGAUUCUGGAGCCAAAGAAGAGGAAAAUUGACCCCGUUUUCUGGCUCGUUGCCAAUUAGGCUCAAAACCUCGGCUCACACUCCCUUCUAAUUUCAGGCCAUUUUUUUACUGUUUGAAUCUGGUUUACGAUUAACAGAAUUGAAUCGCCUAAAAAUAUUAUAAAAUACAUUCAUUUUGUACUCUCUUUCCUUCCAUGCAAUAUUUAUGAUGAUGCAUGCACUAUUCAGAAAAACUAAUUCCCUGUGCUUGUCUGUCAUUUAAUAAAGAAAUGAACUUCUCGUC